GAGCCCAGCUGCAGAGGCUGGGGAGCGAGCCAGAGGGGCGGGGGAGGAGCAUGGUACCCCCCCAAAAAAGUGUGAAAGAGCAAACAGUGCUAGCCAGCGAGCUCCGGGUUCCUGCCGCCUGCAGUCCAUAACCUGGCUUGGCUGAAAGUUUAAGCCAGCAGAACACAGGAACACAGCACAGGGUCUGGGCCUGUUUGUGCUCCGAAACCAGCCACCAGCGCCUGGGAUGGAGGCAGAUGAAGGGCCUGUCCUGGCCAGCCACUUGAAGCUACAGCCUUGAGAGCUGCAGGCUUGUAGAGUUGGGGUCAAAAAAAGGAAAUAAACCAAACAAGCCAAGAAGAAAAAGAUGAGUCUGGAAGCUAAGUACCGUGCAGCUUCCCUCUACGUGGGUGACCUCCACGAAGAUGUCACGGAGGACAUGCUCUUCAGGAAGUUCAGCACAGUGGGGCCGGUGUUGUCCAUCCGAAUCUGCAGGGACCUGAUUUCCCAACGUUCACUAGGCUACGCCUAUGUCAAUUUUCUCCAGGUUAAUGAUGCCCAGAAGGCCUUAGUCACCAUGAACUUUGACGUGAUCAAAGGUAAAUCCAUUCGUCUCAUGUGGUCUCAACGGGAUGCUUGCCUGAGGAGAUCGGGAGUCGGGAAUGUGUUUAUCAAGAAUCUGGACAAAUCCAUUGAUAACAAAACCUUGUAUGAACACUUCUCACCUUUUGGAACGAUCAUGUCUUCCAAGGUGAUGACUGAUGGAGAAGGCUCCAAGGGCUAUGGCUUCGUGCACUACCAGGACCGGAGAGCGGCAGACAGGGCCAUUGAGGAGAUGAAUGGCAAGCUGCUGAGGGAGAGCACUUUGUUCGUGGCCAGAUUCAAAAGCCGUAAGGAUCGGGAGGCUGAGCUCAGAGACAAACCAACCGAGUUCACUAAUGUGUAUAUCAAAAACUUUGGAGAUGACGUAGAUGAUGAGAAGCUCAGGGAAGUUUUCAGCAAAUAUGGCCAAACUUUGAGUGUUAAGGUGAUGAAAGAUGCCACUGGGAAGUCCAAAGGCUUUGGAUUUGUGAGUUUUGAUAGCCACGAGGCUGCGAAAAACGCAGUUGAAGACAUGAAUGGACAGGACAUAAACGGGCAGACGAUUUUUGUAGGCAGAGCCCAGAAGAAGGUAGAACGACAGGCUGAGUUAAAGGAAAUGUUUGAGCAGAUGAAAAAGGAAAGAAUCCGUGCACGCCAGGCAGCUAAGCUCUACAUUAAGAACCUGGAUGACACCAUCGAUGAUGAAACACUGCGCAAGGAAUUUUCAGUCUUUGGGUCCAUUUGCAGGGUUAAAGUGAUGCAGGAAGCAGGGCAGAGCAAAGGCUUUGGCUUAAUCUGCUUCUUCUCCCCGGAGGCAGCGGCGAAAGCAAUGGCUGAGAUGAACGGCCGCAUCCUUGGCUCCAAACCCCUCAACAUUGCACUGGGACAGAAGCACUGAGCCCAACAUGAUCCUACCUCGCAAUCUGAGAAGCAGCUAGGAGAACGAUACUGCUCUCCAUCUUUCCGGUGCUAUAAGGAAGGGUAAUCUUGAAAAAACCCAGUGGCUGCUUAAUUUACUGCAAUCGUGCAAGGAAAUGUCUAUACGAAAACAUUUCGUUUUAUGUGAAUGAAAAAAAAAUGUACGUUAGAAGUUUGAUUUGUUUUACAGAGCAUAUCUUCAAAAAAAUUUAAAAAUUCUUAUUUUCUACUACUUAGAACCGUUUAGUUGGUUACAUUCAUAUUACAUUUUGAAUUAAGUGAACCAAAUGCUUGUCUCUAUUGAAUAUUUUAUUCUUUCAGGUUAAUAACUGUGAGCUUUAAUUUCUCCUAUAAAAAUUGCCCAUAACAAAUUUAAUUUUUUUAAACUAACAAGAAUCUUUUAACUUUUUUUUUUUUUUUUUUUUUUUUGCAAUUCAAAAUGUAGAAAUUGGUAGCCAGAAUGAAGUUAAAUCACAUAUUGCACUUCUGAGUUAAUCCAUCCAAGCCAAAGUUCUAAUAUACAUGCAUAAACAUAUUCUGGUGUAUUUGGUUUUAUUCUAUUUUAAGAUGAUGUUAGAGCUUUCUGGGGUUUGGUUUGGUUUGGUUCUUACACUUUUUGUAUAUUUGCUGUAAUCUGCUUGGUGUUUUUUUUUUCUGCUUCCUUAUGUUAUAUACAUUUAUCUAUGCUGUUUAUGGACAUUUAACUUCAUCUUAAAUCAAAUCACACCCAUGUGGUUCAAUGUGAUGCAAUUUUAGGCAUUCACUAGAUGCUGAUGUUGUGAAAGUCAUAGCUAUGCAACUCAGAAACUCCAUCUAAUGUAAAUCUUGAAAAAAAUCUUCAUGUUAUAAAAAUCUAUCCUGGUUUUCAGAAUAUAAGUGCCUUAUUUUUCUAAAUCUCCACCUCCUUUUAUUAGACUGUGUUAGCCCUGUAUUAGACUGUGUUGCGUUUGCGUUUGCUCUUGGCCUUGGCUCAUGUUCCGACAAAUGUGAGGUUAUGUUGCUUGAUGUGUGUUUUAGCAUGUGUUUUAUUUGACACUCUUCCCACAUGAUGUAUCUAUUCUGUCCAUAAAGUCUAACUCAUUUUUACACAUUUUUACAAAGACACUGUCAUAUUGGUGUUUCAUAUAGGCUACCUCAAAUCUAUCUGAAAUAAGAGGUAAGAGUUAUUUAUUUACAACUUACUCAUUAUCUUAAAAAUGUUACCAAAGGUUGGAAAACUCAUGUUAUUUCUUCUGCUUUCCAUUCUUUCUGGUUCUUUCAUUCUUCUCCAUUUUUGAUUGUUUGGUCAUUUCUUAUUACAAUCUUUUAAUUUAUGUAUUACAAAUACAUUUUUUCCUUAACAAAAUUUUAUGAGGAAAGUUUCAUUUUGUGUUUAUAAACCAUAUAUACAUAUAUACGUAGCAAGUUUUUCUAAUCUCAAUGAGAAAAGAAAACAGUUUAAAAAAAAGUAAAAAAAAAAUAUUUUCUACAAAUACAUUCUGCUGAAAUCUGCCACAUAUUGUCCCUAACUUUUUAUGUGUACACUAAGAGCUGAUUUAGGAAAGGCGACAUCAACAAUUUUGUUUGAAAUCAUUGUUUUGUAUUUGAUGUUGUCAGAUGCUCAAACGUAACUUACUCAAGGAAUGACUUACCUAUUACAUUAGGGGCUUUUGACUUUGGCCAAUGGGUUUUCCAUGAUUCCCAAACUCUUGAGAAAUAUGGGUGGCUUUGCAAUGCUUCUCUUCUGGUCUUGACUUCUGCCAAGAUAACUUGAAGGUACGCAUUCUUCCCAACUCCUAUUGAUAUGCUUCCAAUUCUUUUCUGGAAAAAUAAACUAUAAUUCAGGACUUAAAAUCAAUUUAUUUUCAUGUGUUGCCAAAAUAUCUUACAGAUAUUUCAUAACAAUAACAUUUUCAUUGUAAGUAUAGGCAAAUGCACAUUUCCAUAUUGUCCAAGGACAUAAAUAUUUUGUUAGGAUCUGGCAGAUUGAGCAUAGUUAUGAUAAAUAACCACUACUCUUUCAUUGUAUGGUUUUAAUAGCUUCUUUUUUUUUAAUUGUCAAAUUUUUACCUGUGUCCAUUGCAUUAAUAUUUCAACACUUGUAAAUUUAGUGUUUCAAGAACCUAAGCUAUUUUUUCUCUUGAGUAUUUAUAUCCACAGUUUUCUAUCACAUCAAAAACUAUUUUAAACCUUACCAAUGUUCUCACUUUGUUUACAGUUUGUAAAGCUGUCCCAAAGACAGAUUUUGAACACAACUUUUUCAGUAUCUCAUUGAGAUGACAUUUUUUAUUGUGAUUUGUUCUAAACACUUUAAAAUGUCUGUAUAUACACAUGUAGAUGUACAUGUGUGUGGAGUAUAAACAUGGAGACAGGUAGGCAAUCCAUGUUGUCUUCUAUUAAUGUGUAUGGCUCAUAUUAUCAAUAUUUUUAUAAACAAAACUUGUUUAUAUUUUGUGUAAAGAGUACAAUAAAAGUUUUAGCUAUGUCUUGCCUCUACACCAUUAAGCAGCACAUGUUUGGGUUAGUACUGAUAUAAACUGUAUCAGAGCUGAUAUAUACACUCAAAUUCAUUGGCUUGCAGAAUCUCUACCUUGAUGAGUAUUUUCAUCAUCAGAAGUACCAGAAGUUGCCAGGACUGGAGAGUACAAAAUGAAAACAUUUUCUGGGAGAUUUAAUCUGCAAAAGUGUCCAGAUAAUUGAACAAUGAAAACAUCUCUCUUUUGUGCACAAAUAAUUGGUUAAAUAGUUUACCAUAUGCAUAGAUAUAUUGUUAUAUCAGCUUAAUAAUGCAGUAUCCUAAUACCUUAGUAGAAAUUGUAUAUUCCUAGUAUUUAGCAUAAAAUUUGACAGUUCAUUCUCUUUAAUUUUUAAAUAUUAUUCAUUCUAAAUUUGUGUGUAUGUUUGUGCACAUGUGUGAAUUUGUGCAUGCAUCUGCAUGUGUGUGUGUGUGCAUGUGUGUUUCAACAAUUACAUUGUAUCUUCCUAGUUAACAAGUUUUCACAAAUUAAAAAUUUCUGUAACUAAGUGCCUUGAAUAAGAAAGACAAUCUUUGCUUCAUUAAUAAAUCAAAGCUAAUCCAAACAGAAAUGCCUUCAGCCAGUAUCUCUACUCCUCCCCCACGUAUACUCCCUAUCUGUUGUAUAGAUGACUAUGUUUUACAGAUGAUGUAACACAUAUGUGCCUUGUUCCAGUUUUCAAAAGUCACAUGGAAAUUGUUAAAAUAUAAUUUAAUGUUCUCUAUAUUCUUCAAAUCCUAAAGAGACAAUACUAAACAUAAUUUACCCCGUCAAUGAUGGAUAUGUCUGCGUUAUUUAUGUUCAUUUCAAUUAUCUGUUUCUAAGUGUAGGUGUUUAUAUUUCAUGCUUUUAAAUGUUUCAUAAUUCUUUGACCUGAAAUCUGGUUCUGUACGUAUUCACAAUAAAAGGAUCAGUUAUUCAGUAGCUGUUCUAACGUGUAGCCAGGUUUCAUAAGAAACAGUUGACUGUUGUGUUAGUUCAGACAGUACUCAACGUGUGAAAUCAUUUAAAAAAAUGUGAAAAAAUGCAUGAUGCCUUAUAAAUCAAAGUUUGACAGGCCAAUAUUUGGGAUGGCUUUCUUACGAACAGACACUAAGAAUGAUCAUACCAUCACUAGAUGAGAGGGAACCUUAAUGUGUGCUCGCUCUGUUCCUUUUCUUCUUCCCCUUCCCAUUCAAUAGCCUCCAACCUUUUACCUUGGAGGCUCCACUUGAGGGAGCUUGUCUACUCUUUAUCAUCACCCAAAGGCAUGCUGUUCACAGCCAACCUGAGAUAAGAUUGGCAUUCUAGGUGCCUUAAGAUGGGGAAUAACUUCCUCACAUAUGUGCUUGAGUGACUGCCUGCAUGUGAAAACUAUAGCAAUUAAAAACAUAAAAUUCAUCCAAAAUGUUGGGUGCUUAGGAUUAUUUUUUUCUUUAUUUUCUUUUGGAAUAUGGUUCCUAAUAUGAUUUUACAAGCAUAGCAGUGAUUGUCUAUGUUUACUUUUUUGAUUGUACUUUGGCUCUUAUUAACAGAAAAACUAACUCAAACUGAAAAAGUAUGUUGAUUUCCAAAAAAUACGCAGAGUUAAGCAUCGUCAGUCAUCUUGGAUCAGGUUUCUGCAUACUUUAGCUGGUGUCUCGCUGCUCAUCACUUUCAAUACCUUGGUUUAUAUUAUCUGCCACUUAUGUGGUGAAUGUCCCUAUCAACACACAAACACAGCCUGAAUCAGAAGGCAAUGGUAUUCUUUAGAAACCACCUCUCUCAAUUCUUGUUGCUUAGUUUUUGUACAGAUAUUCAAAAAGAUCUGCCACUGUCAUAGUGAAAAGUAUCAAUUUCCAAGUUUUCUUGUGGAAUGUGGUUGGUUUUGAUGGGGAAAAAUGAGAUGUACAUGGACAUAUUUUGGAACAAACAAUACCCUAGAAUGUUUUCUAUUGUCUGUAUCUAAAUUAGAGUUAGAAUUUUCUCAAGUUUUAAAAUUAUUUACAAAUAGUCCUCUUUAGUUAUUUAUUAUAGAUUUUUUUUAUUUUUAUCACAAUUUUUAAAAAUAUUUUUAUUAGGUAUUUUCCUCAUUUACAUUUCCAAUGCUCUCCCAAAAGUCCCCCAUAAUGUUGUCUUUUCACAUAGUACACAAUACUAAAGCUAAUGAUUCCCUCCUACUUCCUUUUGCAUCAUCACCAUGGGAAAUAAGUCAUGCAGAUUUAUAGCAGUAGUAAGUAUAAAGUGAAGUUUGUUUUUAUUUGGUAAAAGGAUUCAUGUUGUUAUUUGACAGGAUUACCUACUAGAACUAAAGAGCAUACUGAAAUCUACAACUGGAAAGAUCCAAUUUAGCUUAGUCAUCUGAAUUACCAAUUCACAUAAUUAUUGAAAGAUAUGAAAUGGUCAGAACUGAAUCAACAGAUAUCACAUUUAAUAAGCUAUUGUUUUCUUGAUUUUCAGUUCAGUAUAGCCCCAGUCUGUAUCAUUUGUGCACUCACUAAUAUCUCAAUUAAAAAUGAGGAGGAAGGAUUCUUUAAUAAGCUCUGUAAACCAACGAUUGUUAUAUACUACUUAAUAAAUUUAAAGAAAAACAUUUCCUACUGGCAAAUAUUAAGAAAGUUCUAGAAAGUUGUAUAUUUACAAAAUGGAUAAAACUCUAUAUACCUGUACUAAACUCAGAGUAACAAACAUACUUGACUUGCAGUUGUUAAGGUCAGAUUGUAUUGCACGCUUACUAAGCAAUAAUAAAUGCUUUUGCUCUUUGUU